UGCGUCCAGGCUCAAGAACUUGAGAAUCAGCGCUUCCGUUUUUGUCCGUGGAAUGAGACCCGGACGCAGAUCUCGUGCUGGCAGGAACCAUUCACCCGCUAGUGAGGGUGAUGAUGAGCAUGUUCCUCGUGGGUUGUUACGGACCGUGGAGCGGUUGUUUGAGCGUUUUGCAGCGGCACUCCCCAAUCCUAGGACUGACUAUACUGUGGAGCGUGCCAGACGCCAUGGGGCGUAUACUUUCUCUAGUGCUCCUACGGAGUCCGUAGCAGGAGACUGGAUUACCCGCAUGGAGAGAGUAUUUGAGUCCUUGGGCUGUCCAGCUGCUAGGAGGGUUCCUUUGGCUAUUGACCUCCUAGACGGGGAUGCAUGGCUUUGGUGGCAGGGUACCAGGAAUAUGGGUUAUGACCCAACUACCAUGACUUGGGAAGAGUUCAAAACGGAGUUCUCAAAUCGGUACUAUAAUCAGGCAUCCCAGCACCGUCUCCGAUUUGAGUUCAUGCAGUUGAAGCAGACUGAGGAGAUGACUGUGUUACAGUAUGAGGAGCGUUUCAUUGCUUUGUCUCGGUUUGCCCCUGAGUUGGUGGCGACAGAAAAGUUGAAGGUUGAUCAGUUUAUCAAUGGCCUUCUACCUGUAUAUCGGGAUUGGUUGGCGCCUCAUGAUUAUCCGACUUUUAAGUUAGCUGUGGAGGCUGCUAUGAGGUGUGAGGCUAGAUAUCUGGACGGUUCCCGACCUUUGGAGAUUGGCGGUCCCAGUCAGGGGCCAUCUAAGAGAAUUGCCUCUAGUUCGGGUUCUGCAUCGUCAUCAGGCAGUAGACCGAGCAGUUCAGAUUCUAGCUCUCGUCAGCGUUUCAGGGGACGCUUCAGGAGGCCUGGGCAGACCGGUAGGAGACAGUCCAGGGGUGGCACUGCUAGUUCCAGUGGAGGCUUUGGUAGACAGGCGAUUCCGAGAGACUAUCCCCAGUGUGCUACUUGUGGUAGACACCAUGCAGGCCCGUGUCAGGCAGGCGUGGGGACUUGUUACCAGUGUGGCCAGUGGGGUCACUACAGGAGGGAAUGCCCUCAGUUGACCCAGGGAGUCUUCACUACUACUAGUCAGAGUAUGGGUCAGACCUCUGUGGGUGCUACUAGUUCAGGCUCUCAUGGCAGUUUAUCAGGCAGGAGCAGCACUCAGUCGGGUCGUGGACAGAGAGGGCGUCCAGUGACCCAGGCCCGUCUUCAUGCUAUGACCCAGCAGGAGGGUCGCACUGCACCGAACGUCAUUAUGGAAGGAGUUUGUUUAGAGGCGGACUUGAUUCCAUUUGAGUUAGUGGAGUUUGAUGUAAUCCUCGGGAUGGAUUUCCUACGGAUGCAUCAUGCCUUGGUGGAUUGCUUUUGUAGUACUGUAUUAUUUCGGAGUCCGGGUAAGCCAGUUGUCACCUUUUAUGGUGAACGGGAGGUUCUCCCAUCUUGCAUAAUCUCAGCUUUAACUGCUAAGAAGAUGUUGAGUAAGGGUUGCCAAGCUUAUUUGGCACAUGUGGUGAAUUCAAAUGCCGAAGUUAUGGAUCUUAGCCAAAUUCCUGUUGUUGGUGACUAUCCAGAUGUAUUUCCAGAAGAAUUGCCUGGAUUGCCCCCGGUGCGAGAGAUAGACUUUACCAUUGAUUUACUUCCAGGUACAACACCCAUCUCUCAAGCACCUUAUAGAAUGGCACCGGCGGAAUUGAAAGAGUUGUAUGUACAGUUGCAGGAGUUAACGGAUAAGGGAUUUAUACGACCUAGUGUAUCUCCCUGGGGUGCACCUGUGUUGUUUGUGAAGAAGAAAGACGGUACUUUGAGGCUUUGUAUUGAUUACCGGAAACUAAACAGGGUGACUAUAAGGAAUAAAUAUCCCUUGCCCCGCAUUGAUGAUUUGUUUGACCAGUUGAAGGGUGUCAGAUUUGUUUGGUCUGAAAAUUGUGAGCGGAGCUUCCAAGAACUUAAGAGUCGGCUGACUAGUGCUCCAAUUCUAUCCUUGCCUGAUGAUAGUGGGGAGUAUGUAAUUUACAGCGAUGCCUCUAGACAAGGCUUGGGUUGUGUUUUAAUGCAGCAUGGUAAUGUGAUUGCUUAUGCUUCUAGACAGUUGAAGCCACAUGAGUUGAAUUAUCCCACACAUGACUUAGAAUUGGCAGCUAUUGUACUUGCUCUUAAGCUAUGGAGGCAUUAUCUGUAUGGAGCCAGAUGUCAGAUUUUCACUGACCAUAAGAGCCUCAAGUAUGUGUUUACACAACCGAAUCUAAAUUUAAGACAACGAAGAUGGAUGGAAUUGAUUGAAGAUUAUGAUUGUACCAUUGAGUAUCACCCCGGUAAAGCGAAUGUGGUGGCGGAUGCACUUAGUAGGAAUCCAUCCGUGACCUUGUCAUAAUUAAGGGCCACUCGAGUACCCCUAUUGUCAGAGUUGAGGUCUACGGGGGUUGAGUUAUCGGUUGAUGAGGUUGGUACUCUGGUGGCUAGUUUUCAUGUCAGACCAGCAUUUAUUGAUAAAAUACGGGAAGCCCAGCCUCUUGAUCCAAGAAUUGAAGGGAUUAAAGAAGGUGUUCGUGGUGGUUGGCAACUUGAGUUUUCUAUUCGAAGAGAUGGGACAUUGAUGUUUGGGAAGAGACUUUGUGUUCCUAACGUUGAAGCACUUAAACGAGAAAUACUUGAUGAAGCUCAUAACUCCGCGUAUGCCCUGCAUCCUGGUGGUACAAAAAUGUAUCGGACUCUCAAGGAGUACUAUUGGUGGCCAAACAUGAAAAGAGAAAUUGCAGCUUUUGUGAGCAAAUGCCUUGUGUGCCAGCAAGUGAAAGCGGAAAGGCAAAAACCGUCGGGGUUGUUGCAACCUUUGCCAAUCCCAGAAUGGAAAUGGGAACAUCUCACCAUGGAUUUUAUUUACAAGUUACCUCGUACGCAGGAUGGUAAUGAUGGUAUUUGGGUGAUUGUAGAUCGACUCACCAAAUCAGCUCAUUUUCUGGCGGUUAAGGAAACCUUUAGUUUGGAUAAACUGGCAAAGUUGUAUGUGGACGAAAUUGUAAAGCUUCAUGGUGUCCCUGAGUCCAUUGUUUCUGAUCGUGAUGCUCGAUUCACAUCAAAGUUUUGGAGGAAAGUUCACAAAUUUAUGGGAACAAAAUUACAAUUUAGCACUGCUUUCCAUCCUCAAACUGAUGGACAAUCUGAGCGGACUAUACAAACUUUGGAAGACAUGUUGAGGGCUUGUUCUCUACAAUUUAAAGGAAGUUGGGAUAAGCACUUGGCUUUGAUGGAGUUUGCAUAUAACAACAGUUACCAUUCGAGUAUUGGUAUGGCUCCCUACGAAGCUUUGUAUGGGAAACAGUGUAGGACCCCUUGUGUUGGGAUGAAGUGGGAGAAAGACAACUUAUUGGUCCAGAGAUCGUUGAAAUCACAACAAAUAAAGUCAAAGUGAUCAGAGAGAAACUCAAGACGGCUCAAAGCAGACAGAAGAGCUACGCAGAUAAACACAGGAAGCAUCUUGAAUUUCAAGUUGGUGAUUGGGUAUUUCUGAAGUUAUCUCCUUGGAAGGGUGUGGUAAGGUUUGGUAAACGAGGAAAACUAAGUCCAAGGUAUAUUGGUCCCUAUGAGAUUGUGGAACGAAUUGGUCUGGUUGCUUACCGCUUGGCUUUACCUCCACAACUAUCUCAAGUACAUGAUGUAUUCCACGUCUCCAUGCUUCGCAAGUACAUCACUGAUCCUUCACAUGUGUUACCAGCUCAACCCAUUACACUUACAGAAGAUCUAACAUAUGAAGAAGAACCAGUACAGAUCCUUGAUCGUCGUGAGCAAGUACUCCGAAGUAAGAUUAUACCUUUGGUUAAGGUAUUAUGGAGGAACCACCUGUUUGAAGAAGCUACUUGGGAACCAGAGGAUCAAAUGAGGCAACAGUAUCCACAUCUUUUUUCUUGACAGGUAUAAUUUCGAGGACGAAAUUUUAUAAGGAGGGGAGAUUGUAAUGCCCCGUACCUAUUAAUUACUUUUUACCGUGGUUGACCGAGGAGUGACUUUUUCUUUAGUCCGGUAAAUUAGGAAAUUUAUUUGAGAUUGUCGUAGAAUACGCAAAAUCGAGUUCGUGGACACGUAGUUUGUUUAAAUUGGAUUUAUAUCGGAAAAGUUAUGACCAAAAAUAGAAAUUUCUAUUUUUGGCAUGACUUUUGUUUGUGAGUUUCUUUUAGUAGAAAGCAAGAAAUAAAACAGAUGGAAGAGAGAGAAAGGGAAAGAAUCAGAAAAAAAUUAAAAGGAAAGAGAGAGAGCACGGGUAGAACCCGAGUCACCCCCUCCCAUUUUCUUUUUUCUUCUUCCGUCGCUGCUCUUCCCUUCUCCGGCGAAUUCGUCGCCGUCCGGCCACCCCAAGACGCAUCGUUGGGCACGGCGUGAUCCUCUCUUCCUUCUCCUUCUAGCUAUCUUGUUUUGGGCUGUGGAGGAAGAAUUGAAGGUGUUUGGGGACGUGAACAGUAGCGUGAACAGUUCCAUCCGAGUUCUUGAGUUUGGGUUUGGAAUUUCCAGCUUUUUCUGCUUGUUUUGGAUGUGAUUGCAGGACGUACUGAGCCCUCGAGCGAGGAGGACACAGACAGGCAGCAGGGUUAGCUGCGGGAUUU